GUUGGCAGCAGUGAGGUGAAGGGAUGAGAGUUGUUUCACGCAUUCAUUGCGUUAGCAUUUUGUUGCUGCUCCUUAUGUUUAUUGUUUUUAUUUAUUUUGUUGCGUCAUCGACGGCCACGGAGCCAUCGUGUCAGGAGACGGUAGUCCGUCUGGAAACAGAGAUCCAGGGUCUGAUAGAUGUGAUUAACAGCCAGCAUCGUUACAUCCAAGAGCUCCACAACAGCCAGGCUCAGCAACUGGAGAACAUUCCCACCUCGCUUCUGGGGUCUGCGAACCACUACAGAGACUGUUCAGACGUGUUCGCAGAUGGUAACGUGGCCAGCGGGCUGUACGUGGUUCGACCGGAUGGCUUUCCCACCGCGCUGAGCGUCUAUUGUGACAUGAACAGUGGAGGAGGGUGGACAGUCUUCCAGAGGAGGAGAAAUGGCAGAGAGAGUUUUGACAGAGCGUGGGUGGAGUAUAAACAUGGGUUUGGAGACCUCCACUCUCCUCAUGGAGAAUUCUGGCUCGGGAAUGAACCUUUACACCAUAUCACCUCACAAGGAAACUACGACCUCCGGAUCGACAUGGAAGACUUUGAAGGUGACCAGCGCUAUGCAGAAUACAAGAAGUUUAAAGUAGACGCGGAACAGGACCAGUACCAGUUACAUUUGGGUGCUUACUCUGGUAACGCGGGGGACACACUGGCUGCAGCUCACAGGCCCCCUUCUGUGCGGAGGAAAUGGACCAGCCCAGGCUCGGGGUCCACCGGAGUCAAAUUCAGCACCUAUGACCACCCCAGUGAAAACGUUGCCAGGUGCAUCAGACACAGCAAGUCGGGCUGGUGGUUCAGCAGGUGUGAUGCAGGGAACCUGAAUGGUCAUUACUACAACGGACCAUACCAGGCGAUGACCAGUGACGGAGUGGUGUGGUACACCUGGCACGGCUGGUGGUACUCAAUCAAGUCUGUUGUCAUGAUGAUGCGAGCUGCUGACGCCUAGCCCUCUGCUCGUCACCUCCAUGAUGAAGAUAGGUG